AUGAGUCAAGGUCAGAGUUGGGACAAGCCAUCGUUCCACGUCUACACGGCGGGUCGCUGGUUAUUCAACGAGCAUCAGCAGUUAGCCGCAAGAUGCGUGAACUUCAAUUUUGAUGAACUCAUAAAAAUUGCCCAGGGUCUGGAUUCUAGUGUCUGUACAAAAGUGGAAAAGCUCGAGGAAAAUUACAAUAAAGCGUUCCUUCUGACUAUGGAGAGUGGACACCAAGUUGUGGCUAAGGUUCCAAAUCCUAAUGCUGGCCUCCCUUUUUACACAACUGCCAGUGAAGUCGCGACAAUGGAAUUUGCAAGGACCAUCGCGAGUAUCCCAGUGCCCAAGGUUCACGCCUGGAACAAUACAGCAGAUAACACUGUCGGUGCUGAAUAUAUCAUCAUGGAAAAAUCAGAUGGUGUUGUAUUAAGCUCACAGUGGGCAACAAUGUCCACCGACCAGAAGCAUGAGUUGAUCCAAAGUAUCAUUACCUUUGAACGCUCCCUUGUCGCCCAUAGCUUUGAUCGGAUUGGUAGCAUUUACUAUGAAAAUGAUCUAGUCGACUCCGAAGAUUCAUAUUCACCAACUGCAUUCCCUAAAUUUGUGAUUGGACCGACAACUGAUCGCAGGUUCUUGGAAGAUGGACGAAGAGCAAUCAAGUCUGAUAAAGGACCAUCUGAUGCAAAACUCGAUGUUAUCUCUGAUUUCCGAAAUGUCGCCUCCUUUAUACUCCCGAAGGAUGCGACCGUUACAAAGCCUGUUCUCUGGCACACCGACCUCCAUGCGGAUAAUAUCUUUGUGGACCCAAAUAAUCCUUCUAAGAUUCUUGCUAUCCUUGACUGGCAAAGCGCACAUGUCGCUCCAUUGUGCCAGCAAGUGAUUACACCUGCAUUUCUCGAUUUCAAUGGACCUAAGCCUGAUGAAGGGCUUUCUUUUCCUUCACUUCCGGAGAAUUUUCAGACACUGAGCGCCGAAGAAAAGGCCAAAGCUGAGGGUUUACAAACUCAGCAAUUAUUGUACAAGCUUUAUGAGAUUCAAUCUGGUCGACAGAAUAAGGAUGUUUUCAACGCCCUUCAGUAUGCCAACACACUCGGAUGCCAGAUUAUUGCACUCAUAUCACAGGUAUUCAACGACGGCGAGACACUUAUCAAGGGCCAGUUGAUUCAACUUGUUCAGCAGUGGAGUGCAACAGUUGGCAAAGAUGGAACACCAUGUCCGAUCACCAUUACUGAGGAUGAUAUCAUGCAACAAGAGGUAGAUCAGCAAAAGUGGGAAGCAGGGGUGUAG